AUGGUAGCUGAAGGAAUAACGCACACCGUGGCCACGGUGUGGCCUGAUGUUCCCAUGAACAAGGAUGACGUCUGUUAUCUGAUAGGAGCACUGCCCCACGCCACGUUUGUCCGCGUGAGUUGGCUCAUCACCAGUUUCAUCACGUUCGAGCGGUGCCUGUGCGUGAGCAUGCCCCUCAAUGUUAAGCAGAUUAUCACCGGCACGCGCACGGUCGUGGCGAUGGUGUGCAUCUACGUCAUCGUUUUCCUGGGCAUGUCGCCCUUCUUCAUCGGCAAUCAGCUGAGCAGCCAGUUCAACCCCCAGACCAACACAAGCCGCAUCGUGCGGGUGUCCAUUGCAGACGUCUUCUUCACCGACAACAUUGGGCACAACUUCAGCGUGGCCGCGCAGUUUGGUUCUAUCAUCAUCAGCCUCGUUUCCACGGCCGUCAUCGUCAGGCAGAUGGAGGUCAAAUGGAAAUGGCGGAUCGAGUCCACAUCCGGUGCGCAAAGUGAGAAACUUUCAGUGCGGGAUAAGAAACUGGUGAAAAUGGUAUUGACGAUUUUGUAUGUGUACAUUGCUUGUCUAAUCCCCAGCUGUCUUACCUUUAUCCUUGAAAUAGUGUACCAAGAGAGGUUCAGCUUCAUGGGGCCCAACUACAACGUGUACCUUUGUGUCGUCUCCGUUAUUAUCACAUUUGAAGUUGCUCACAGCACUGUCAACAUUUUAAUCUACUACUAUAUGAAAACCAGUAUAUACAUCAACAAAGAUUCACAUUUAAGCUACUAA